GACAUUACACUUUGCAUCAAGACCACGUACACAAGAAUUUAGAAAGGAAGAAAAGACUUUGAUUAAAACAAGAAAGAACACCAAACAAAAAGAAAAAUAGAAAAGCAGAUGUGUGCGUCAACCUCACCACCAUACCCUCUCAAAUCAUUCGCCUUUGCAUUUCCAAGCAACCUCUUGGCCUCCUCGUCCUCUUCCCCCCACCUCUCUGCCCAUCUGCAUCUUCACCACCAACACAACUUUCACCCUUUUCGCUCUAAUAUAUUUAUACCAUCUUAGCCCACAUUUCUUUUGGGAAUUAUUCUUCCUCUCCCUUCUCUGUGCUACACGCUCUCUUUUUAUCUCUUUAGACUGUUUUAGACUCUCAUUUGUUAAUUGGUUUUUUACUUAAAAAAGCAAUGGCUCGGCUAUUUCGAUCCAAAUCUUGCGGACUCUUGGGACUCACCGAGCUCAACCCUGCCUCUCCGGGUCCAUUUUUCCGCAACGGGGAAGAGCGAGAUGAGAAAGAGGACGAGGAAGAGGAAGAGGAAGAGGAAGAACUUGAGGAGGAGGAGGAGGAGGAUGGUGACGGUAUCCUGCUCGAACCCAUUUCGACCAGCCCGCACAUGGGUCCGGGAACAAGAACUGCUGCUGACAAUUGUCAAGGCCGGUCACAUUGUCAAGGCGCGCAGUUCCCCAUUCUGGAUAUUCUGGUUGCGGUGCUGAGGAAGUCGCUGGUGACAUGCAGUGUGGAGAGGGACGAUGUUAAUUCACUGGAUAUUAGCUGGCCCACGGAAGUGAGACAUGUUUCGCAUGUGACUUUUGAUAGGUUCAAUGGUUUUCUGGGAUUGCCCACUGAGCUUGAGCCCGAGGUUCCCAGGAAGGUGCCUAGCGCCAGUGCGAGUGUAUUUGGAGUUUCUGCAAAGUCAAUGCAGUGUUCUUAUGAUGCUAGAAGGAAUAGCGUUCCAACAAUUCUUCUUAUGAUGCAAAAGAGACUGUAUGUAGAAGGGGGCCUAAAAGCAGAAGGAAUAUUCCGCAUAAAUGCUGAGAACAGCCAAGAAGAGUAUGUUCGAGAUCAGUUAAACAGAGGUGUAGUGCCACGUGGUAUUGAUGUUCAUAGCUUAGCAGGCUUGAUAAAGGCAUGGUUUAGAGAACUUCCAACUGGGAUACUUGAUUCUCUCACACCAGAACAGGUGAUGCACUGUAAUACAGAAGAUGAUUGCACUGAACUCAUAAAGUUACUUCCUUCCACAGAAGCUGCACUGCUUGAUUGGGCCAUCAAUUUAAUGGCAGAUGUUGCGCAGCAUGAACAGUUCAACAAGAUGAAUGCCCGCAAUAUCGCUAUGGUUUUUGCUCCCAACAUGACUCAGAUGGCAGAUCCUUUGACCGCACUGAUUCAUGCGGUGCAAGUUAUGAACUUCAUGAAGACGCUGAUUCUGAAGACCAUCCGAGAAAGAGAUGAAUCAGCUUCCAAGGUUGGGCUACUCCUGUCAUGUUCAGAUUUUCCCAGCCACAAUGAUGACCCAAUUUCCUCAAUUCCAGUCAGGGAAGAUUCAUGUGAGCAGACUUCAGAUCCUUGUGCCACCAAUAGGCCUACCAAACACGACUUAUUAAGGAGUAGAACUUUCGACAAGCGGGAAUCCGACAACAUGGAGAAACUUUGGAACUUUGAAAAGAAAAAUAAUGGGGACAAAGAAUACAAAUACGGGCCAAGUUGCAAGACAGCCAGUUAUGAAAUGGAGGGUUUAAAGAACGUAUGUAAUAGAGGGGGAUAUGAUACCGGGGACUGGCUAAGUUUGAGAAAAGGAGUGCGGAAACUAUACAAGCAUCCAGUGCUCCAGUUGAAUAAACCAGCUAAGAAGAAUGAAAUUCUUGGAAUUGUAAAUUCUAGGGGAGAAACCGGAGAAACUUGGGUGUAGAAUGGGCACUGAAACGUUCCUACCUUGCGUAGUUUGUAUGUUGUUGAGUGUAAACGCUGUAAUAGAGUAGGUGUCAGGUGUGUUUGGUUCAGUAGUAAGAUAUCCGCAGGCAUUAACUAAAGCUAUACUGUGAUCAGCAGUGAUAUCUAAGGGCAGGCCUACAUUGUAUAAUUUGUGAAGACUCUUUUCAUUUCUUUACAAUGUCAAAUAUCUGAUGGAAGUGGAAACCCCA